CACAAAAGGAUCUCGGGGGGUGGAAAAGCAACUGCGAAAUAACGGACGGAGAAAUUCCUUUGGAGUUAUUCCGUAGCAUAAGAGCAGAAACUUCCGAGCAAGUUUUCGUUGGGCAAAAUGGGGGAACAACCCAUCUUCAGCACUCGAGCUCAUGUCUUCCAGAUCGACCCAAACACAAAGAAGAACUGGGUACCCACCAGCAAGCACGCAGUUACUGUGUCUUAUUUCUAUGACAGCACAAGAAACGUGUAUAGGAUAAUCAGUUUAGAUGGCUCAAAGGCAAUAAUUAACAGCACCAUCACCCCAAACAUGACAUUUACUAAAACAUCUCAGAAGUUUGGCCAGUGGGCUGAUAGCAGGGCAAACACUGUUUAUGGACUGGGGUUCUCCUCUGAGCAUCAUCUUUCGAAAUUUGCAGAAAAGUUUCAGGAAUUUAAAGAAGCUGCUCGACUAGCCAAGGAGAAAUCACAAGAAAAGAUGGAACUUACCAGUACACCUUCACAGGAAUCAGCAGGAGGGGAUCUUCAGUCUCCUUUAACACCAGAAAGUAUCAAUGGGACAGAUGAUGAAAGAACACCUGAUGUGACCCAGAACUCAGAGCCAAGGCCUGAACCGACUCAGAAUGCAUUGCCAUUUUCACAUAGUUCAGCAAUCAGCAAACAUUGGGAGGCUGAACUGGCUACCCUCAAAGGAAAUAAUGCCAAACUCACUGCAGCCCUGUUGGAGUCCACUGCCAAUGUGAAACAAUGGAAACAGCAACUUGCUGCAUAUCAAGAGGAAGCAGAACGUCUGCACAAACGGGUUACUGAGCUUGAAUGUGUUAGUAGUCAAGCAAAUGCGGUGCAUACCCAUAAGACAGAAUUAAAUCAGACAAUACAAGAAUUGGAAGAGACGCUGAAAGUGAAGGAAGAGGAAAUAGAAAGAUUAAAACAAGAAAUUGAUAAUGCCAGAGAACUACAAGAACAGAGAGACUCUUUGACUCAGAAACUACAGGAAGUAGAAAUUCGGAACAAAGACCUGGAAGGACAACUGUCUGACUUGGAGCAACGUCUGGAGAAAAGUCAGAAUGAACAAGAAGCUUUUCGCAAUAACCUGAAGACACUGUUAGAAAUUCUUGAUGGAAAAAUCUUUGAACUAACAGAAUUACGAGAUAACUUGGCCAAGCUACUAGAACGCAGCUAAGGAAAGUUAAAUUUCAGUGCCAAUUGAUUAAAAAAUAUACUGUCUCUCUUCAUAGGACUGUUUGGGCUCUGCAUCAAGAUUGCACAAAAAAUUUGAAUAUCCCUUGUCCAGGAGGAGGAUCUUUUGAAAAUUGGAAUUGUAUAUUUCAGUGUAAAUUUUAGAGUUCAGCUUGUAGCUAGCUGGGGAAAAAGAGAUGAAAAACUUGAACUACAGAUUACCUCCAUGUAUAUUAUUGGCCAUAGUUAACUAGAAAGUUAUAAACAGACACUUAAUGCAAUCUUUUUUUCUGAUAUUAGCCAAUGGGAGAAUUAACAAAUGUCUGGGUCACAUCCCCUUUUUGUGUUCAACACAGUGAAAGUUAUCUGCUUUUUAAAUUAAUUUAUUUAUGAUAUCUAAAGCUGUGUUUUGUGCAAAAACUUAGUGAUGAAAGCCCUGUCUUUUGUUGUAAUCUGAAUAAUUUCUCAGGAUAUUUUUGCACUGCUGGCAGCAGUGCCAUUACCAAUUAAUUCUUGCCAGGAGUGAGAGUGAGCUGCAUCUUUAAUUGAAACAUACUUACUAUAACUGGGUGUAUAGAGUUCUUCCCUUUUUUUAUACUGGAAGAUAUUUCACUCUGGUGACCACUCUGGUACACUCUGGUGUUCUCUAAUCUUGUCUGCUGUAUAGUUUACUUUUCCAUAUUGAUUCCAUGUAUUUAUGAGAAGAUAUUGUCUCCCAUUUUAUUACACAUUUUAAAGCCAACUAAUGAAGGCAGCUGAGUCCCUCCAAAAUCUUUCUUUUUAAAUUUCUAAUAAAUUUGACACACAGUACUGAAAUACAGCAGCCCGUCCCUGGCGGUCUGGUCUAGCAAUGUUAAGUAUAUUUACAGAAUAUGCAGUUACAUUUAUUUAUAUAUUUUGCAAGAAAUCUUUUCUGAAUGAUUAAUGCAUUUCAAUUUACAAAUAAUAAUGGUUGUUGGGAAACUGUUUAUUAUAGAUCAUUUUAAGGUGUAUAGCUAUUUUAAAGGCGAUCCAUUUCCAUCAAGCAGCCAAUCAGAGGACUAUUGGGAUUGGAGCCGUGUACUCUGUCUGGGUCUUCACAUCAACCACGUCUCUAGUCAAUCCUCACAAGGCAAUAUUCUAAACUGUUAACUAGGCAUUUCAAAACAGGAAUUCAAUUCAGCGGGCUCUUCUCAGUGAACAGGAUUUAAUGUUGUUUUGAGGUAAUUUUAAAGGACUUUUAGCAAACAUGCAUUUCUUUAUAUAUUUCUUUUAAGAAACUGUUUUAAAAGUAAGUCAAGUGCUGUCUAGUCUGCUUUGGAGUAGGAACUGCAUCAGAGUCCAUAUAUUCUUGCUGUCCAAUGCUUGUGAUGUUGAGGAGGGUUCUUAUUUAAAGUGUAUGCUUGAGUAUCUGACUCCAUGGAGUUUACAAAUGCACUGACUUUUUGUCUGUACCCCAAAACAGUUGAAUUGUUAAGUACAGAAUUAAGCUGGUUAGUCAAUCUGUAACCAUUUUUUCACUCACAAACAGCUAAUCAACACUAGACAAUUUUGUUUUAUAUAUGUAUGUGUAUGUAUGUAAAUACAUACAUAUUAAUUUAUAUUAGAGUGAAAAAUAAAUGGUUUGUUUCUAAAGUUAGUUUCUAAAGUGAGUUUUCAGGUGUCUCUGAAAAGUUUAUAUCAGACACUUAAUCAUCUUGUAUUAUAUGUGCUAUAAUAUCAUGUAAGUUACCUCCAUCUAUUUUAGGGUAUUUUCCUCACCUGUUUAUAAUAGGGAGGAUAAUUUAGGUACACAAGCUCAGAGCUAUUUCUCUGAUAAAUCAGGUAAUAAAAUUUAUUUGAUUGAUGGAAUUUUGAAGUAGAUGUGAUUUUAUCCAUCAGUUUCUGAGUAACAGAGCACCAGAUUUUAAUUUGAAUAGGGGAUUUAACACUAGGGAUCAGGAAAUUUGUUUAUGAAGAGUUAAAAAUUCAAAAAAAAAAAAGGGUAAGCUGUUGAAAUGGUAAGUGAAUUAUUUUAAUGAUGUAAUAAGAUAUUUUUAAAUUUUGACAUAGUUGUCAUUUAAUGGGAAAAUAACUCACCAAAAUGUCUCCACUUGAAUUGUAUUGAUAUAUGAGACAUCUGUAAUUCAAUAUAUACAUAUACUCAUAUGUAUAUACAGAAAAUUAUUUUUAAUAUUUUCCUAUGGACAUGAAAUCUAAAAUUGGAAAUUUUGUGAGUUUUUUCCUUUCCAAUAGAGUCUAAUUUUUUCUUUUUUUAGUGAUUAAACAAUUUCUUGAGGGCUGCACCUUUAAAUUCCCAGAUUGUCAUUAGACGUGUACAGUAUAUGGGAUAAGGUGGACACAAGUGCACAUAUAAAUAAAAUUUUCUUAUUAAGACUAUUUUAAACAUUCAUUUACAGUAGGAGAGUAUCUAGAAAUCAUCAUCUACAAGUCAUAAUUAGGUUGUGUGCCUACUGUAGUUUUCUUCAUUUCUGUAUUAUAUAAAUAAAAGUUUGCAUAUUAAAAUUUGAUUUUUCCCAGAGACAAGUAUUAUAUAAUGUAUAUUUAGAUCAAACUGUGGUAAUAUAUUUAUCAGAAAAUAAUGUUGGGGACUAUAGCCUGAACAUGUGGACUUGAAGUGACACAGAAAAGGAGAGCAGAGAUUGAUCCCAUUUGUGUGUAAGUUAUUAUAUGAUAACUAUGAAUUCUUGUACAAAAAAAAAUUGAAAAAAAGAAAAACAAAAAUACAGUUUUUAUUUUGAAAUACAUUUGUUGUUCUCUGGAGAAUGUAUCUUUUUUUCCUUCAGUCUUUUACAGAUACUUUUUAAAAAGCAUUUAAGUGAUGGCAGCAUUUACUUAAAUCUUACAGGUGCUACUGGAUUUUGCAUUAGUGUGUUAUGUUGUGAAAUCCUAACUUUGACAUAAAAGGUUUUAUAAGUA